AUGGAUCCUCCAGCCAAUGUCGAAGAGCUACCCUUCAUAAUUCAGCUAUUCUUCUCCCUCCGCGGCAGUGCAACGAGACCAGGCGCGCUAAUGGAAUGUGAUGCAAGCCAAUCCAAGCUACAAGUAUGGAGGUGGCCGGUGAACCGCCGCAGGGAGCGGAUCACACCCUCUGAUCUUAAUGGCCAUCGUGCCACUCACCACUUCCAGUUCCCUGGGUGCUUUUGUCCUCUCCAGAGUGGCGGUGGCAGUUUAGGUUUGAACAAAGAAACUGCAAUCUACAUGCCAACUGGUGGCCCAUACAAGAAUCAGUGGGUCGCCGCCUGCGCUACCCAAGAAUGCCUUUACCGUGUCCCUUUGGCAAUUUUUUACAGGUUGGACAGGUUGGCCAUCAAUCAUUACUCUCCCAGAAUUGUUGGUGACCAUGGUCCCCUCCCCAUCUUUCAUAUCUCUGAGAUGUGGGGACCUGUGCUAUCUUUGCGCGAUAUGAGCCCUGUGGCUCCAACUGAAAUCGACUUGUCAGACAACGGGAGUUCCGAGUCCGAGUCUCAUGAAUCGGACUUGGACUCGGCGAUGCACACACAGGAUUUUGAGUGGCCAGUUCCUCCAAGUCCUAAGAACAGCAUUCAUAUCCGCCGGCCACUUGGUAACACCCAUGUCUUUUGA